AAACGCCUGAACGUUGUUCAUUCAGCAUCGAAAGAAAAUAUCUCAAAGCAGUCGCAAAGAGGUCGCUAAAAAAAUAUACAAGAUGAAGGUUAUAAUGUUUAUCUUCGCAAUACUUGCCAUGGCAUGCGCAUCACUUGCAUUUGUACCAACUAUGCCAACUCCAGGACCUCGUGGACGUCCAUUCCCAACGUUCCCUGGUCAAGGGCCAUUUAACCCAAGACAACAUUGGCCAGUAGUGCGUUACUAAUCACCGGAUCAACAGGCAUUUAUUCAGGCAUUGAUUAAUUAUGGCGAAUCAUCUGUAAUUACACAAAGAACAUGUGGAUCAUGCAACAAAUCUGUAACGAACCAACAAGUAAAUGACAAAGUAUUAUAACUAUAGGCU